GGGGCGGCGGACGCGCUCCGACUGCGCUGCUGACUGUACUGCAGCCCGGCCAGCAACAGGGAGCCGCUGCGAGGCAUGCAAAGAUCAUAUUUUCGUGAAGAAUACGUAGUCUACCUGGAAAACUGAUACUUGUCUGUCUCCCCCCAUUAUGAGCUCACGACGGAUCAACAGACAGGGCAGCAUGCAAUAUUGUCGACAUUUCUUAGCGGACAACGGUGCCUUUCACGUCGAACGAUGUAUGAGCGUGAUGCAAUCCGGGACCCAAAUGGUCAAGCUGAAGAGUGGGUCCAAAGGCCUUGUGCGGCUCUUCUACCUGGACGAGCACCGAUCCUGCAUACGCUGGCGACCCUCGCGGAAGAGCGAGAAGGCCAAGAUCACCAUCGACUCGCUCUACAAAGUGACAGAGGGCCGCCAGUCUGACAUCUUCCAUCGGUACGCCGAGGGGAACUUUGAUCCUGGCUGCUGCUUUACCAUUUAUCAUGGCAACCACAUGGAGUCCCUGGACGUGGUCACUUCCAACCCCGAAGAGGCACGCACCUGGGUCACGGGGCUCCGGUACCUCAUGGCUGGCAUCAGCGACGAGGACUCGCUGGCCAGGCGGCAGCGCACCCACGACCAGUGGAUGAAGCAGACCUUCGAGGAGGCAGACAAGAACGGAGAUGGUCUGCUGAAUAUCGAGGAGAUCUACCAAUUGCUACACAAGAUCAAUGUCAAUCUGCCCAGGAGAAAAGUCAAGCAGAUGUUCCAGGAGGCAGACACGGAUGACCAGCAGGGCACCCUCACCUAUGAGGAGUUCAACGUCUUCUACAAGAUGAUGUCCCUGCGUCGGGAUCUGUACCUCUUGAUGAUGGCGUACAGUGACAAGAAGGAGUACCUAACUGCUGAGGAGCUGGGAAACUUCCUGCGGAUGGAGCAGAAGAUGACCAGUGUCACCUUGGAAUAUUGCCUGGACAUCAUUGAUAAGUUUGAAGUUGCUGAUGACAACAAACAGAAAUUCUUUCUGGGUAUUGAAGGCUUUACCAACUUCAUGCGCAGUCCAACCUGCGACAUCUUCAACCCCCUGCACCACCAGGUGAACCAGGACAUGGACCAGCCGCUGUGUAAUUACUACGUGGCGUCGUCUCACAACACCUACCUGACUGGCGACCAGCUGCUGUCCCACUCCAAGGCUGACAUGUAUGCCUGGGUCCUUCAGAAUGGCUGCCGCUGCGUGGAAGUGGAUUGCUGGGACGGUCCCGACGGGGAUCCCAUGGUUCAGCAUGGCUACACCCUGACCUCCAAGAUCACGUUCAAGUCCGUCAUUGAGACCAUCAACAAGUAUGCCUUCAUCAACAACGAGUACCCCGUGAUUCUGUCCUUAGAGAAUCACUGUAGCAUCCAGCAACAGAAGAAGAUGGCCAGGUACCUGCAGGAGAUCCUGGGGGACAAGCUGGACCUUGGGCCAGUGAAUAUCAAGGAGAUGAAGCAGCUGCCCAGCCCCAACCUCCUGAAGGGAAAAAUCCUCAUUAAGGGCAAACGAUUGCCCCCGAACCUGUCCGCAGACGCAGAGGAGGGGGAGGUGUCUGAUGACGAUAGCGCUGAUGAGAUUGAGGACGGCUUCAAGCUGAAGAGCAGUAGCAACGGCCACAACCGGCACCAGGUGGAGUCCUUCAUCAGGAAGAAGCUGGACUCUCUGAUGAAGGAGUCCCAGAUCGGUGAUAAGGAGGACGCAGACAGCUUCUCCAUUCGAGCCCUUCUGCAGGCCACCCACAAAGGCCUCGACAGCAACUUCAAGCAGAAGGCCAGUCUGAAAGAAGGUGGAAAGAGAAGCCAGAGUCGAUCCUUCAUUAGCAACCUGAAGCAGAAGCGACACUCCAAAUCCCGGCUCAAGUGUCAGAGUGUGGACACAGAUGAAGAUGGGCAGCAAGACACAGGGCAGUUCCACAGGAGGAGAAGGAAGACCAUGAAACUGACCAGAGAUCUCUCUACCUUGGUGGUGUUCACCAACUCCAUCAUUGCCCACGAGAGCCUGGAAGAAAGCACCCCCGGGGACGUUCUGUCCUUCAGUGAGACGCAGGCCCAGCAUCUCGUCCACCAGCAGGCUGAGCGGUUUGUCCGCUUCAACCAGCAACAGCUGUCGCGUAUCUACCCUUCCGCAUACCGCAUCGACUCGAGCAACUUUAACCCGCAGACCUACUGGAACAUGGGCUGUCAGCUGGUGGCUCUCAACUACCAGACAGAGGGCCGUAUGAUGCAGCUGAACCAGGCGAAGUUCCAGGUGAAUGGUGACAGCGGCUACGUUCUCAAGCCGCCCCCCAUGUGUAAAGGGUCUUUUAACCCCUUCAGCAGUGACCCUCUCCCAGCUUAUCCCAAAAAGCAGCUCGUUCUCAAGAUCAUCAGUGGGCAGCAGUUACCCAAACCGCCAGACUCCAUGCUCGGGGACCGCGGAGAGAUCAUUGAUCCGUUUGUUGAGGUGGAAAUCAUAGGGCUGCCUAUCGACUGCUGCAAGGAGCAGACCAGGGUGGUGGACGACAACGGCUUUAACCCCGUCUGGGAGGAGACACUGUCCUUCACGCUGCACAUGGCUGAACUGGUCCUGGUCCGCUUCCUCGUGUGGGACCACGAUCCGAUCGGGAGAGACUUUGUGGGCCAGAGGACGGUGGCCUUCAGCAGCCUGAUGCCAGGUUACCGGCACGUCUAUCUGGAGGGUCUAACCGAAGCCUCAAUCUUCAUCCAUGUCGCCAUCCAUGACAUCUUUGGGAAGGGCCGACAGUUGCGGGGAAUCAAGGGCCUGUUUAGCCGGACCUCCAGGAGCUGUGUGGACACCCCCCUGGUGGGCCCCCCACUGUGCAAACGCUCCAUCAGCCAGCAACUGCUGCGGCGCACAGCGAGUGCCCCCGCCAAAGGCCGUAGGAAGACCAAGCGGGCACCAGCGCCGCCCACCGAGGGCGAGGAUACGGAGGGUGGGGCCCCACCCCGCCCGGGUCCGCCUCUACCCCGCCCUGCCUCUAUGCCCCUCGAUAAGCUUCUCCAGGACACCCUGACGCUCUCCUCCCCCAGGCAGGACGCCCCCGAGGCAGGAUCCAACACCCCGGCAGAAACAACCUCUGUCCUGAGGCCUCGCUCCUCCUCCUUGGACCUCCUCCUGGAGACCCCAUCUUCUUAUAUGGCCCGACCCAAAAGCCCUCCGCAUGUAGGAGGGGAAGCCAACCCAGCUGUCGGAGGUCCCCGCAUGGACAGACCCUGUGACCUCUCUCUGGGUGGCGAGCUGGACCGCCUGACCGAUAUCACAGAACCUACUCAGCACAGCACUGGCCAGAACCAGCCCAACGCUGGGCAGACAGUGGAGGAGGAUCAUUUACGGGGAGAGACUGUGUGUGGUGAAGAAGGCGUGACAGCCGAAAUGCUGGAGCCCAGUGCUGGGUCUGUGAACCGGGUCAAUCCGCUCAGUGAUUUGUCUCUGCAGGACAGCACAUUAUCACGGCUUAUAGAUGCUGUGUCCCUGGGCAACGACACCUGUGGGUCCAUAUCGGCGCUUAUCGGGCAGUUUGAUGUCACUGCAGAGCUGAGUAGUGUGGCCCUGCGGUCCAGCGACCAUGACGCCUCCCAGACCCCGUACCGGACCCUGGCCUGCGACCCCUGCCAACCCAGCGGCCCGUCGAAUUCAGUGCUGUUCUCCAGCCCGGAGACCACCGAUCCCACCAUCUACACCAUACUCAACGAGGAGGUGCUGUCGCCCAUCUCCGAGUUUAACCCAGGGGAGAACACUGUCCGGAGCCUCCAGAUGGGGUCUGAGGAGAGCACUCCUGUGGCCAGCCCAGCCUCCUCACCCGUAAAGCCUCUUCUUACCCAAAAGCCCCUCUUCUCGAGGAAGCAGGCCCCCUACAGCAGGGCUCUGGAGGUCCCAUGCGGGCAAGACCCCUGUUUUCGUCCCAUGGAUGUGCGGGAGGAGGUGACUUGGGGAAGUCAUGGUGGAUCGUUCCACAGCGCUGCCUCUGACCUCUUCCUGCUUUGCCAGGACUCAGCCGGCAGCAGCUUGAUGGAGAUCGAGAUCAACGUGGACGAGGAUCCGCUGGACACCACGCUGACCCCCGCCAGCCUCCCCCAUCAGUUAGCUGAGCCUCGCCCCUCCUCAACCUGUGGACCAUUGAACCACGGCCCCCUUCAUCAUAUCCCGGGCAACUUUCCCCUCUCCAGUACCAGGACUGACCCCCACCAUAGCCCCAAUAGCUGGAUCUAUGGGCCAACGCCUUGGCGGGCCAGUCAUCAGUCCAGGUGUGGGCAUCAGAUGGGUGACAAGCACCUACCUGCCCAGGGGACCGUUGGGCACCACAGUGGGCACCUCUCCUCCGGCAGCCGGCCAUUUCCUCUGAGAAUCAAUUCUUCCAUGGACCAGGUGGCCAGCAGGUCGUCCAAUGACUGGUCACAAGUCUCCAGGGUGGAAAAUGGCCACUUCCUGCAACAGGGUCACCCAGCUAUCACGUCCCUGUCCCCAAGCCCUGGCCCCUGCAAGUCUAAGAGCCUGGGCGACCUCACAUCUGAGGACAUCUCCUGCAACUUCGAGAGCAAGUACAAGUUCAUCAACCGCAGCUUUAUGGCGGCCAGAGCUCAGAGCGGCAGGCAGGCGUCUGGCCCGGCCAGAUGUCCGGCGCCAGCUGACCCCCUUACAGAGCAGCUGCGCCGACUGUUGUCCCUGGACCAGGACGAUCACUCCCAAAACCCAGCUUUGCUGACCGCCUCCCCCUUGCACCCCCUCUCCCGCAAGCUGUCGUCUCGCAGCCAAAGUCGGGUCCGGCACAUUGCCAGUCGCGCCCGUGAACGCCAGCAAGAAGCACUCAAGCCUCGGCCCACCUGCGCCUCCUACAGCACGACUGGGGUAGUGCUCCGCAGCAAGCCCGCCAACCCUACCCCCCCCGCUUGCCGCCACUCCACCGGCUCUUACAUCGCUGGGUACCUGGAGCACUCUGAGGGUCGGGGGCUUCCGGAAGGUUCCUGCGCCAGGUCCUUCUACGCCAAUGGAGACCGCUGCUGCCAUGGUGACACCGGCAUCCCAGAGGACUGGUGUCAGCCGUCAGAACCUGAAGUCUACUUCCUGCUUAGACUGUAGAUGUACUUCCUGUUCUGCCCUGAAGCACGAACGGGGAGUCCCCUGUGUUCUGUUGACUGAGGUCUUUCUGAAGUCUUCCCGUGUCUCUGUGCUGCACUGUAUGUACAAAUGAAUCUUGUAAUAAUUAAAUUAUGGAUAAUAGAUUAUGUGUGUAGGAACCUGCAUGAGACAGUGGAUGUAACCAGCAUGACUACGCUCCAUCCCAUGACUGUGUUGCUAGGCGCAGGACCUCCUGCCGGGCUUAGCACCCUGUGGAGUGAGAGCGUGGAGUGUCUUUCCCCCUCCUGAAUUUAACGUGGUUCACGUCUGUUUUGUUUCAAUCUGUAUUUUUAUAAUUGCUUUGAUAUCACAGAUUAUACAGCUUCGGUGGGGGGGGGUGCAUGAUUUUGGAAAACUCUGUACAGGCGUCAGGGAUGGCACUCCCGACUGAUGCAAUAAAACUGUGGAAUAUGAUGGAAGCGGAGAGGGCCCAGUGUGUCUGUGUGCCUCCCAGCGUCAGCAGGCGGCGGCCUCUAGGGGGCACCCCUCAGCGCAAAGCCCAAGGCC